UCCAUGCCGCAGGUUUCUCUUUCUCUUUCCCUCGCAACCAGACCACGCAUCGCGACGUGUUUGUGUUUUGUGUCAAUAGUGACCUAAUUAUAUUUUCUAUAUAUAUUAAAAACCUCGCUUCUUCUAAAAAUUGAUUCAAACUUAUUUCUAGGAUAAGAAUGGAUACUUCGCUGACUUCUAAAGAAAUUCGAAAACAGUUCUUAGAUUUUUUCAUUGAAAAAUAUGAACACAAAUAUGUACAUUCGUCGCCUGUAAUACCCCACGACGAUCCAACUUUACUUUUUGCUAAUGCUGGAAUGAAUCAGUAUAAACCCAUCUUCUUGGGUACAGUUGAUCCAAACAGUGAUGCAGCCAAAUAUAAAAGAACUGUCAACACACAGAAAUGUAUUAGAGCUGGUGGAAAGCAUAAUGAUUUGGAUGAUGUUGGAAAAGAUGUGUAUCAUCAUACAUUCUUUGAAAUGUUGGGCAAUUGGUCCUUUGGUGACUUUUUUAAGCGAGAAAUAUGCCAUUGGGCUUGGGAAUUGUUAACAGAUGUAUUCAAGUUGUCUAAAGAUCGUCUGUAUGUUACAUAUUUUGGCGGAAAUGCUGAUUUAGGUUUAGAACCUGAUAAUGAAUGCAAAGAAAUAUGGAAAGAAGUUGGUUUGCCCGAGGAAAGAAUUUUGCCUUUUGGUAUGAAAGAUAACUUUUGGGAAAUGGGAGAAACUGGACCCUGUGGUCCUUGCUCUGAAAUACAUUAUGAUCGUAUUGGAGGAAGAGAUGCUAGUAACUUGGUAAAUGCUGAUGUACCUGAUGUCUUAGAAAUAUGGAACCUUGUGUUUAUACAGUUUAACAGAGAAAAUGAUGGAAGUUUAAAGCCUCUUCCUAAAAAGCAUGUGGAUACUGGAAUGGGUCUAGAAAGAUUAGUUUCUGUAAUUCAAGACAAAUCUUCCAAUUAUGAUACUGAUAUUUUUGUUCCUAUUUUUGAAGCUAUUCAGAAGGCUACCAAUGCUCCUUCUUAUACAGGAAAAGUUGGUGCUGAUGAUGUUACUGGAAUUGACAUGGCUUAUAGGGUUUUAGCUGAUCAUGCCCGUACUUUAACAGUUGCCUUGGCUGAUGGUGGUAGACCUGAUAAUACUGGCCGAGGCUAUGUUUUAAGAAGGAUACUGAGACGUGCUGUGCGAUAUGCAUCAGAAAAAUUAAAUGCUAAACCUGGUGUAUUUGCUAGUCUUGUUCCAGUUGUAAUCAGCAUCUUGGGUGAUAUUUUUCCAGAACUUUCUAAAGAUCCUCAAACAAUUAUGGAUGUAAUUAAUGAUGAAGAAACACAAUUUUUGAAAACUUUAAAUAGAGGUCGACAGCUUUUAGAAAGAGCUAUCAAAAAACUUGAUUCUAAAGUUCUACCAGGUGAUAUUGCUUGGAGGCUGUAUGAUACAUAUGGUUUCCCUAUUGAUCUGACCCAGUUAAUGGUGGAAGAAAAAGGUUUGCAGAUUGACAUGACUGGUUAUGAAGAAGCUAAAAAACAAGCCCAACUCAUGUCACAAGCCAAAGGUGAAGGUGCAAUUGAUGAAAUUAAGCUUGAUGUGCAUGCUAUUUCAGAACUGCAAGAAAAGAAAGUACCACCUACAGAUGAUAUGCCAAAGUAUUCCUAUCGUGCUGUGUCAGAUAACAAAGAAUCCAAAUAUGAAUUUGAGCCUUGUGUUGGCACAAUACUUGCUUUGAGAAUCCAAAAGGCAUUUACUGACAAAGUGGAAAAUGGUCAGGAAUGUGGUAUUAUUUUGGAUCGAACAUCAUUCUAUGCCGAAUCUGGUGGUCAAAUUUAUGAUCUUGGUUUCAUGGUUAAAGAAGAUGAUGAAGAUACAGAAUUUUCUGUUAAAGAAGUUCAGCUUCAAGGUGGCUAUGUCAUCCAUAUUGGAACACUUUGUGGAACUCUAAAAGUAGGAGAUAAACUGAAACUCUUAAUUGAUGAGGAAAGACGAAAAUUAAUUAUGAAUAACCAUACUGGUACUCAUAUUUUAAAUUUUGCACUUAGAAAAGCUUUAGCUACUGAAUGUGACCAGAAGGGAUCCUUAGUUGCUCCAGACAGACUAAGGUUUGAUUUUACUAAUAAGGGAGCUAUGACUGUUGCCCAAGUUAAAGAAGCUGAGUUAGUUGCUAAUGAAGUUAUUUCUAAAAAUGAAGAAGUUUAUGCUAAAGAGGCACCAUUACCAAAUGCCAAAGCUGUUCAAGGAUUGAGAGCUGUGUUUGGAGAGGUAUAUCCUGAUCCUGUCCGUGUUGUUUCUAUUGGAAUUUCUGUUGAUGAUCUACUAGCUGAUCCAUCGGGCCCUGGUGGAAAUGAUACAUCAGUAGAAUUUUGUGGUGGAACACAUUUAAAAAGAUCAGGACAUGUUGGAGAUUUUGUUAUAGCAUCUGAAGAAGCUAUUGCUAAAGGUAUCAGAAGAAUUGUAGCUUUAAGUGGCCCUGAAGCUACAAAGGCAAUUAAAAGAUCUGAAUUAUUCCAAAAUGAAGUAGAAAAUCUUAAAAAUCUCGUAGAGGAUAAAAAUAGGAAUAUCAAUGAAAAAGAAAUUGUGAAAAAAAUUGUAGAGCUUACUGAGGAAAUUUCCCAAUCAAAUAUUUCUUAUUGGAAGAAAGAUGAAAUGAGAAAUAAUUUGAAAAAUUUGAAGAAAAAGUUAGAUGAUUUAGAUCGUGCAAACAAGGCUGCUGUUGUUCAAACUAUUACAGAUGAAGCUAAAAAAUUAUUUGAAGAAAAUUCAAAAGAUAAUGUUCAGUAUAUUGUUCACGAAUUCCAAGCUGGCUUCAAUGCUAAGGCUUUAGAUGCUGCUCUUAAACAGGCUAAAUUACUUACGCCUGAUACUGCUGUGAUGCUUUUCACUAAGGAUUCCGAAAAUGAAAAGGUUCUAUGUAUGAGUGCUGUUCCUAAGACAGUAACAUCUAAAGGUCUGAAAGCAAAUGAAUGGGUGCAACAUGUUACUCAAGUUAUAGGUGGAAAAGGUGGUGGCAAGCCUGAAUCAGCUCAAGCGACUGGAACUAAUGCAAAUGCUGUGAAUGAAGCCAUUAACUUAGCCAAAACAUUUGCUGAAAUGAAGCUAAGUUAAUGUAUGCAAAGCAUAUAUUAGGAAAUUAUGGACCAAUAAAAAAAUCUUUUAAUUUAA